UCUCUAAACAUUCCAGCCAACUUAGUGCCUCUGCAUGAGGGCUUUUCCACUCCGCCUGUCAAAAACACAUACUCACACACUUACCAUUUCUAAGCAGUCUCCUCCGGUCUUUAAUAUGAGAGCCCUCCAGUUCCUUGUCCUCGUUCUUUCUAGCUUGGUUGGGGCACAGCAGCAGGCCCUUAUGGACUACUUGGAGAGAAGACUCCUUGCCAUUGAGGAUCGUAUCUCCUUGUGGCAUGAGCAGACCAGCCGCUACGCCUCUGAGCUGCGCGAGUUCAAGCAGCAGAUGGUGGCACAGCUAGAGGGCCUGGACAAGAGCAAAGAGGCACUGCGGAGCGAGUUGGACACAGUGGGAACACGCGUAGAUCGCGUGGAAAGAGAGAUGGACUACCUCGAAACACAGAAUGGCGCGCAGCCUUGCGUGGACGUGGAUGACAAGCUGGUGGAGCAGCAGGUGACAGUUGUCAAGGAGAGAAACAAAGCCAAGUACGCCAAGCUUACAGACUGUAGUGACAUGAUCUCCAGCAUCAAAGCCAUGAAGAUCCUCAAACGAGUGGGCGGCACAAAGGGAAUGUGGACCAAAGACAUGGGAAGUGCCACCGGGAAGGUGUACGUCUUAAACGGGACAGGUGACAGUACGGUGUAUGAGUUUGGUACAGUCCGUGAAUUCACUUCCUCCCAAGGGACUUCAGGGGCCACCGGCGUGCAGCUCCCUUCGGCCUGGAGUGGUAUGGGCCAUGCAAUCUACAACAACCACCUUUACUAUCUGAAGCAGGGCGGGGACAUGAAACUAAUAAAGUUUGAUCUUCAGAAGAACAUAAUCACGGACACGGCGGUGUUUCCAGCUAAAAACCAGCUCCCAGCGUACACCCUGAAUCCCGAGACCUUCAUCGACUUAGCAGUGGACGAAGAGGGUCUAUGGGCCAUCUACGCCACUCAGGAGAAUGAGAGGCACAUCUCUUUGGCCAAGAUAGACCCUAAAACUCUAGACAUUGAACAGAUGUGGGACACCCCUUGUGUGAGGGAGAAUGCAGAAGCAGCGUUCGUCAUCUGUGGGACUGUUUAUGUGGUCUACAACUCCAAACUUCCCAGUCGCUCCCGAAUUCAGUGCGUGUUUGACGUGAGUGACAUGGUAACAAAUGACGACGCUCCACAUGUAUACUUUCCCAAACGGUACGGCACUCACGCCAGCCUCAAAUACAGCCCAGUGGAGCAGCUUCUCUAUGCUUGGGAUGAUGGCUAUCAAAUCCUUUACAAACUCCAAAUGAAAAAGAAGCUGGAGGUGUAGAAUCAAGCAGACUUGGAGAGGAAACCCCCUUGUUAUUGGCUUGCUUUUUUUUAUGCAACCCGGCUGAGUCACACUUCAAUACAUUUGAGCUUCGUAGUUUCUCUGAGAGCACAACAUGAUUGAUUGGACACAUGUUUGUUUACUAGAUGUGUAGAUAAAUGUGUUUAGAUCAAUGUAAAGGGCUCAAGAAAGAACCAUUUUAACUUAGUUUGCCUGGAGCAGAACUAAUAAAAUGUUUUUAUAUUUUAUUUUGA